GAGGAAGAGGAAGUGCCUGGCAGAGAAAACGGAGCAAUCGAGCGGGUCUGCGGGAGGAGGAGAGCCGGGAGGAGCCGCCUUCACUCCGCUCUACUCGUCGGGACUACCCGGGCUAACUUUAGCUACAUGUGCUGAGGUCGAGGGGGAAUCAUCGCCGCCGCCAUGCCGACUGUCACCCUCCCGCCGAAGGAGAACGCUCUCUUCAAGAGGAUCCUGCGAUGCUACGAACACAAACAGUACAGAAAUGGGCUCAAGUUCUGCAGACAGAUCCUGUCCAACCCCAAGUUUGCCGAGCACGGAGAGACGCUUGCCAUGAAGGGCCUGACCCUGAACUGUCUGGGGAAGAAGGAGGAGGCCUACGACCUGGUGAGACGAGGCCUGCGGAACGACCUGCGGAGCCACGUCUGCUGGCACGUGUACGGCUUACUGCAGCGCUCCGACAAGAAGUACGACGAGGCCAUCAAGUGUUACCGCAACGCUCUCAAGUGGGACAAGGACAACCUGCAGAUCCUGCGAGACCUGUCCCUGCUGCAGAUCCAGAUGAGGGACCUGGAGGGCUACAGGGAGACGCGGUACCAGCUGCUGCAGCUGCGUCCGGCCCAGCGGGCCUCGUGGAUCGGCUACGCCAUCGCCUAUCACCUCCUGGAGGACUACGAGAUGGCUGCCAAGAUCAUCGAGGAGUUCAGAAAAACCCAGCAGACGUCUCCGGACAAGGUGGACUACGAGUACAGCGAGCUGCUGCUGUACCAGAACCAGGUGCUGCGGGAGGCGGGGCUGCACAAGGAGGCCCUGGAGCAUCUGUCCAACUACGAGAAGCAGAUCUGCGACAAGCUGGCCGUGGAGGAGACGCGAGGCGAGUUGUUCCUGAAGCUGGAGCGUCUGGACGAAGCCACAGAAGUUUACCGCCGUCUGCAGGAGAGAAACCCGGAGAACUGGUCUUACUACCACGGCCUGGAGAACGCAAUAAAACCCAGCAGCGUCGAGGAGAGACACAAGAUCUACGAAGAGGCCUGGGAGAAGUUUCCGAAAGGACUCGUUCCUCAUCGGCUGCCGCUCAACUUCCUCUCUGGUGAGAAGUUCAGAGAGUGUAUGGACCGAUACCUGAGGAUGAACUUCAGUAAAGGCUGCCCGCCCGUCUUCACCACACUCAAAUCGCUGUACAACGACAAAGAGAAGGUGGCAAUCAUCGAGGAGUUGGUGGUCGGAUAUGAAACCUCAUUAAAAAGCUGUCGACUGUUUAACCAGAACGAUGACGGGAAGGAGGAGCCUCCGACCACGCUGCUGUGGGUGCAGUACUUCCUGGCUCAGCACUACGACAUGAUCAGCCAGCAGACUCUGGCUCUGGAAUAUAUCAACGCCGCCAUUGAGAGCACUCCGACAGUCAUCGAACUCUUCCUCAUCAAAGCCAAGAUCUACAAGCAUGCUGGGAACAUCAAGGAAGCGGCCCAGUGGAUGGACGAGGCCCAGGCUCUGGACACCGCCGACCGCUUCAUCAACUCCAAGUGUGCCAAGUACAUGCUGAAGGCCGGCAUGAUCAAGGAGGCCGAGGAGAUGUGCUCCAAGUUCACACGGGAGGGGGCGUCGGCCGUGGAGAACCUGAAUGAGAUGCAGUGCAUGUGGUUCCAGACCGAGUGUGCGCUCACCUACAAAGCCAUGAACAAGUUCGGAGAAGCCCUGAAGAAGUGCCACGAGAUCGAACGGCAUUUCGUGGAGAUCACGGACGACCAGUUCGACUUCCACACGUACUGCAUGAGGAAGAUGACGCUGCGCUCCUACGUGGACCUGCUGAAGCUGGAGGACGUGCUCAGGAUGCAUCCCUUCUACUACAAGGCGGCCGUCACGGCCAUCCAGAUCUACCUGAGCCUGCACGACAACCCGCUGACGGACGACAACAAGGAGCUGCAGGCCGACACUGCCAACCUGUCGGACAAGGAGCUUAAGAAGCUAAGAAACAAACAGCGAAGAGCUCAGAAGAAAGCUCAGCUGGAGGAGGAGAAGAAGAACGCAGAGAAGGAGAAACAGCUGAAGAACCAGAAGAAGAAGAAGGAGGACGACGACGAGGAGAUCGGAGGACCCAAAGAGGAGCUCAUCCCCGACAAGCUGGUCAAAGUGGAAAAUCCACUGGAAGAAGCUGUGAAGUUCCUGAUGCCCCUGAAAUAUCUGGUGAAAGAUAAGAUCGACACACACCUGCUGGCCUUUGAGAUCUACUUCAGGAAAGAAAAAUACUUGCUGAUGCUUCAGUCUGUGAAGAGAGCGCUGGCGAUCGACCCCGACAACCCAUGGCUACACCAGUGUCUAGUCCGCUUCUUUAAAGGAGUUUCAGAGAGCAAGGAGCUUCCCGAGGUGGUCCGGACGGUGCUGAAACAGGAGAUCACCCGGCUGUUCGGAGACAGCAACGCUAAGAGUUUCAACCAGGCCUACCUCAGCAAACACUCCAACUCCAUACCGCACCGCCUGGCUGCUGCCAAGAUGAUGGUUUACCUGGACUCGUCGACCGAGACCAAAGCUGCAGAGCUGGCCGCGGCGCUGGACGAGUCUCUGGAGAACCGGAACAUCCAGAUCUGCACAGAGGUGCUGGAGUGUCUCCGCAGCGGCGUCCUGGGCGACUGCAAGGAGCAGGCGGAGUCGUACCGCGCCGAGUGUCACAAGCUUUACCCCUACACGCUAGCUUUCAUGCCCCCCGGCUACGAGGAGAACACCAAGAUCGCCAACGGCGACGUCUCCACGGAGACGGAGGAGCUGGCCAACGAGAUGUGAGCGCGACGGAUGGAACGACGGCGACGCGUUAAAAAAAACAAGAAAAAAAAUGGAAAUGGGCCGAGUACGGAGCCUUGUGGUACGCCUGGCAGCCUUGUUUUGUAGAGCCGGGCGCGGGAAGCGAAACGGGGGCUCGGCGCCGCCGGGUCGGACCUGGAAGGGCUUGACUCUGUCCCGGAUGGGUGAUAUUCAGGACUGUGUGAGAGAGUGUGUAUGAGUGUGUGUUUGUGUGUGUGUGUGUGUGUGUGUGUCAAGACAGAGAAAGAGGGGGAGAAGAGACAACACAGCGGACAUUUCACGUUAUUUUAACACAGCUGAAGACAAACGAUGCAGAAUCUGAACACAAGAAGUCAAACUGUGACGAAGGAACACAGACUGUCGGUGUUCCUCGCCGCCGCCCGAGUGUGACUCACCGAAGGAAUCCGUGACGGGACGCCGAGUCGUACGGCGUCUCCGGAUCCGCCGUCACUCUCCGGCGAGCCGCGGACCUGUGGGAGGACGGUUCGAUCCCCGCAGGCAGAGAGGGGGCGGGGCCUGGUCAGAAUGUGAAGCCUCUCUGGUGGAGCUCGCUGCUGUAGCACCCAACAAAAACUGUAGUGUGUGUGUGUGUGUGUGUGUGUGUGCGCGCGCGCGCGCGUGUGUGUGUGUGUGUGUGUGUGUCGGUCGCUCCUUCUCAAAUACACUGCUACUCCUGACUUCUUCGGUUUCUUACAUAGCGGGGAGAGGCGGGUAGACUUAAGCAAUACUGUAGACACUUCCUGUCUGUGACGGACGCUGGGCGAUCACUUCCAGGCGUGGCUGCAGCGCUCACACCCAACCAGCAGGUGGAGCCGCUUGUUGUUACUGUUGAAAUCGUCCUGGUGUUCAGAGACUCCGAAUGGUCAGACGAGCCUCUGCACACCUCUGGUUCCAUGAACUCUGCGAAGCGGCGUCUCUAAAGGUCAAAACCGCUCAUUGAACGGUGACGGUUGUGAAAUAAACGUCUGAAUUUUAAUUUCCUCUGCAGCCUGUUGAAGGUUUUUUUUUGUUCCAGUGAUCUCUUUUCUUCCCCUUUUGCCUCGAGUUUGGGUUCAAAUGUGAACGUUGAAAUCGGAGGUGGUGAUGUAUAUCUCUGGAGUUUUGUAUUAAAACCAAAAGGAAAAAAAAAAA